AUGGAAGAGGGCUUCGAACAAUUUUUCUUCUGUACCCCCAAUCUAAAGCUCUCUGAAGUUACCUCAAAGGCCUACAGUUGGAGCUUGGAAGAGACAGGAAUACAAUUUCAUGAUGGUAUCAUGUGCAUUUUGUACAAAUUUCAGACUAUAAUUGGACUCAUUGGGAAUUGUUUUCUCCUUUAUCUAUAUAGCUUUAAGAUAAUCAUUAAUCAAAGGAUAAAACUCAUUGAUAACAUUUGCAUUAAUUUGGUCUUUUCUAACAUUCUGAUGAUGCUUUUCAGGGGAAUUCCAUGGGCAAUGGAGGCAUGCAAUCAGAAAAAUUUCAUGAAUGACAUUGAAUGUAAAAUCAUAAUUUAUGUUCAAAGAGUAUCACGGGGCACUUCUCUAUGCACUACUUGCCUCCUGAGUGUCUUCCAAGCUAUCACCAUCACUUCUUGUGGUCCACAUUGGGCAAAGCUCAAAACCAGUGUGCUAAAGAGCAUUGUACCAGCCUGUGCUUUCAUAUGGGUACUCAAUCUGUUGAUAGAUUUAGUGGUGCCUCUGUAUGUAAGUGCUCCUAAAAGUAUCAACAACAGUCAGCUGACAAGGAACCUAGGGUUUUGCUCUAUUGACAUUUAUGCUAUGAGAACCCUAAAAAUUGUAAUCUGGAAGACCUUUUUUGAUGCAGUGUUUGUGGGACUCAUGUCCAUUACGAGUGGCUACAUGGUUCUUAUUUUGUACAGACACCACUGGCAAGUUCAACACAUUCAUCACACCAGUUUCAAUCCUAGUGCCUCAGCAGAGAUCAGAGCCACCAAAUUCAUCUUGUGUCUCAUGAGCAUCUUUGUAUGUUUUUAUUCACUCAGUUCCAUCUUUAUUAUUGUGAUGGAUAAUUCUAAAGAUGCAAAGCAAUGGGUGGUAAAUAUAUCUGCAUAUUUUAGUUUAAUUUAUCCAACAAUCAGUCCUUUUGUUUUAAUGAGUAGUGACUCAAAGAAUGCCAUUAAUUGUAAUGCUUUCAAUAGAAUGAAAAAGUCUUAUAAACAUUCAUCUAAGAACAGAGAAUGA